CGUCUCAGUAAACAAGAGACUCACAAUCAUGGGCAGAAUUCACAAAAUAAAGCGAUCAUCUAAGCUCGGCUGCUGAGCUCCUUCACAAAUUCAGGCGAUGGCUCCUCCAAGUCCGAGAUUGGUCGUGCCGAUCGACCUCAAGAAGAAGCCAUGGGAGCAGAAGUACCCUCUCCAUAACCGUUGGCAUCCUCGCAUACCCGCAGUUGCAGAGGUGACAGAGGGAGAGUUAUUUCGGGUGGAGAUGAUGGACUGGUCGGGAGGAAGCAUUGCAGAUAAUGAUUCUGCCAUGGACAUCAAAUCCGUGGAUUUCAACAUUGGACAUUAUCUCAGUGGGCCUAUAAGAGUUCUAGACAAAGAAGGGGUCACUGCAAAACCAGGUGAUCUUCUAGCGGUAGAAAUCUGUAACUUAGGUCCCCUCCCUGGAGAUGAAUGGGGUUAUACAGCAACCUACGACAGAGAAAAUGGAGGUGGAUUAUUGACAGACCACUUCCCCAGUGCAAUAAAAGCUAUCUGGUAUUUUGAAGGAAUAUACGCAUACUCGCCCCACAUACCAGGUGUCCGCUUUCCCGGUCUAAAUCAUCCAGGAGUAAUUGGGACUGCGCCAUCCAUUGAACUCCUCAACAUUUGGAACGAAAGGGAAAGGAAGUUGGUUGAAAAAGGCCCCAGUUCUCUUAAGAUAUGUGAAGUUGUGCACCAGAGGCCACUGGCAAACCUACCAACAAAAAGAAGUUGCCUCCUCGGACUGAUUAAUGAAGGAACGUCUGAAUGGGAGAAGGUUGCAACUGAGGCUGCAAGAACAGUACCUGGAAGGGAAAAUGGAGGAAACUGUGACAUAAAAAAUCUAAGUACUGGAUCAAAAAUAUAUCUUCCAGUUUUUGUUGAAGGUGCAAACCUUAGUGCAGGCGACAUGCACUUCUCUCAAGGUGAUGGUGAAAUUUCACUUUGUGGAGCAAUAGAGAUGAGCGGAUUCCUAGAACUCAAGUGCGAGAUCAUAAGGGGCGGGAUGAAGGAAUACCUAACCCCAAUGGGGCCAACCGAGCUGCACGUAAACCCUAUCUUCGAGAUUGGGCCAGUGGAGCCGCGAUUCUCAGAGUGGCUGGUGUUCGAGGGCAUAAGCGUGGACGAGAGCGGGCGGCAGCAUUUCAUGGACGCCACAGUGGCCUACAAGCGCGCCGUGCUGAACGCCAUUGACUACCUCUCCAAAUUCGGCUACUCCAAGGAGCAGGCUUACCUCCUCCUCUCCUGCUGCCCCUGUGAGGGCCGCCUCUCCAGCAUCGUAGACGUUCCCAAUGCCGUCGCCACCAUUGCUAUCCCCACCGCCAUUUUCGAUCAGGAUAUUCGGCCAAAAUCUGGGAGGGUGCCGGUGGGGCCAAGGGUUGUGAAGAAGCUUCCAGAUGUUCUUCGAUGCUCCUACGAUGGAGACCUUCCAAUCACUCAGAACCUAAGCAAAGAUAAAGAAGACUAAUUACAUGCCUAAACCACAAUUAUGGCUUGUUUAAUUAUGUUAAUGAAGUUAAGUGAACUUUGUUAUUGUGAAGUGACUUAAAUAAUAAACCUUUAAUUAGUAUCAUAUUAGACUAUGAUGGUAAA